AUGCCAAACAGCCUCGCUCUCGCUCUGUCCCAAGCGAGCGCCAACUCGAACGUGAGCCGGGCAUCGCAGUCUCACAAGGCUACUCGAGGCGAGGACGAGGCGAUCAAGCUGCUCAAAAAGCCCUUCGACCCUCAUGCCUACACCCGCGCUGUUCGCCGCUUCAACUCGGCCGGCGAGAUUACGGCGCAGGAAGACGAGGACGAUGAAGAGCGUUCGGAGGUGAUCACUCGCAGAAAGAGGCGGAUCGACAUGGCUGCCGCAUCACAAGUCCCGUACCUCGAAACCUACACGGCCACCGACGGCCACAUCCACCGGGAAUGCGCCGUGACGGGUAUCGCGCAGUCGGGAAGGCUGGAGGUUGCUCACCUGAUCGCGCGCGAGGUUGGAGGAACGGUCGGGCUACUGGUGAAUGCGGGAGUCUUGCCGGAGGGGUCUGUUCACGACGAUCCCUGGAACAGGAUUCCUCGCGAGUCCUCUCUCUGCCACGACCUCCAUACCGCGAUGGACCAUUUGCAGAUGUCGUUCACCCCGAUCGAAGACGAGCUCCUCGCUCGCUUGACCGCCGAGAUCCAGUAUCAGAAGCUGCGAGCCGACGAUGACCCCGUCCGACCGCCCUUCUCUCUCUUCUACCAGCGCCUGGACGGACGCGAAGCCUACAUCGACGCAUUCUUCACCACGGACUUCCCCAUGGACUACCUCAUCCGGGGCGUCACGUACAAGGAGAAGACGCCAAUCUCGUGGGCGACCAAACGCACGCAGGACGAGUCCGUCGCGAACGCCGACUGGCCUCGCCCGCCUCCAUUUCGUUUCUACUGCAGCGGCAAUGCUGUGAUCGCGGCGAUGCGCUCGCGAGUCGCGCAGCUCGACCCUGCGCCGGACGAUGUAAUCGAGAGGACGGCUACGUUGGCUGCGCUCGUCAAGGAGCUGUGGGGUCUGUGGAUGCUCAAGGAUCCGGCUGUGGCGCGGAAGCGUGCGGAACGCGCAGCGACGCUCCUCCAAGAUCGCUUCCCGAACUCUCCCUACACCGCCCUGCUCGACGCACCCGACUUCACUUACGACAAGAUUCCCCUCCCUUCCCCUAGCUCUUACACCGACACCGCCGGCUACUUCAUCCGAGCCUACGAGAACGGCAAACGUGCGCCCCUCCUCCGCCCGCUCGCGAUCGCCGACGAUCACGACGAAGCAUCCAGCGCCUCGGACGAGAGCGCUCCUUGCAUCUCGGAUACAGCCUCAUCGUUGGCCUACCCUUCCAUCCCUGCAUGCGAAAAACACGGCGAGUCGAUCGCUUCCAACGAACUGUUCUCGAAGAACGAGACUAUGCACGACGACGAUGCGAAGGCUGAUACGGCCAAGAUAGAGGAGGGGCGACAGGGCGUCAAGUGGGAACUGUCGGAGUGGCAGCAGGAGCAGCAGGUCGGGCAGAGUGCUUCGUGA